AUGGCAAAUUCGAGGUCUACAUGGACAUGGCAACAAAAUAAGGCAUUCGAGGUAGCUGUAGCAAUUUACUCAGAGGAUCAUUCAGAAGAAAAGUGGGGAAAAAUAGCAUCUGAAAUCCCAGGAUACAAAACCAUAGAAGAGAUUAAGCACCACUAUCAACUCUUAGUUGGUGAUGUUGAAGCAAUUGAAUCAGGAUUAGUCCCUUUACCCCCCUAUACCGCGGCCACCACCGCCCCUCAUUUUGCUGAUCAUAAAUUCAUGUGGGAAUUUCGUAAAGGGCAGCCGUGGAGUGAGAAUGAACACAAGCAAUUCCUUUUGGGAUUGCACAAGUAUGGAAAAGGGGAUUGGAAAAGCAUAUCCAUGGAGUUUGUCAGAACAAGGUCUGCAUCUCAAGUUGCAAGUCAUGCACAAAAGUAUUUUAAGAGGCAAACAGAUAAGAAAAAGAAAAAGAAAGACAGGAAAAGGUGGAGUAUUUUCGAUAUUACUGCUCCUGUGGAUCAAGGAGGCAGUCAAAAUCGCGGUAGCAGUAGCCUUAGUAGUAAGAAUGAUGAUCAUACUCGAAAGGGAAAGGAGACAGAACCUGCAGUCAUCAAUGAGGUAACUUUUGAGGAGAAGGAUCCAAUGAUUGCACCAGCGGAGUAUGUAUUACCCCAGGACAGUUGGUCUUUUGAGGAUGAUCCGAGUAUAGAUUUUUACGCAAUAGAUGAGUGUUUGUCUCAACUUCCACCCUUGUGAAAGUGUUGAAUUUGUGUUUAGUUCAGAAUUUAAGUUAGUGCUAGAAAUUAAAGUGAUGUUUUUCUUUUAUAUUGUAUGUAUAGGUAGCACAGUAUAGCUUCAACCUUUGAGCUUAUCUGAACUUUCAAGGUUGUAAAACACAUUCUUUUAGUAAAAUUAGAAGAAAUAUCACAG